GUCGUUUCGAUGUGAACUUGUCCUCCAUUAACUCUCGUGUCCAACGUACUUGCGAAUCUCAAGAUGCUGAUCUUUUCCGUGUUCAAAACACUCACUGACCAGAAGGUCACGGUCGAGUUGAAGAACGACCUCUCCAUCACUGGCGUACUGAAGUCCGUUGAUCAAUUCUUGAACAUCCGCCUCGAUAAAAUAGAGGUCUUUGACGAAGCAAGACAUCCUCAUAUGAUGGCAGUAAAGAAUUGCUUCAUCCGUGGCUCUGUCGUGCGCUACGUCCAGCUUCCUGCGGAGCAUGUCGACACGCAGUUAUUGGAGGACGCGACGAGGCGUGAGGCCGCGGCUCAAGGGAAACGAUGAUGUGUCUUCUUGUCUGGAUUCUGCGUACACGCCGUUGUCCUACUCUGCGCGCGACGCGCAUUGUCGUCACAAUGGCGCCCGAUGCUAUGUCCAGCGGCGUCUCGCUCCGGUUGUUCCCUUACGAUCAAGUUCUUCCCUGUUGUCU